AUGAAGGCCCUGCUCCUGACGGCCGUGCUUGGCCUGGUCGCUGCCCUGUCCUUGGCCCUGGAACAUCAGGAUCUCUCAGGGACUUGGUACGUGAAGGCCAUGGUUACUGACAAGGACCUGCAGAAGGAGAACAAGUUUCAGAAAGUAUUCCCUGUCAGGGUAACAAUCCUGGACGACAGGGACAUGGAGGUCACAAUCACCUUCAUGAAGGAAGAUAAAUGCCACCAGAAAACAAUUCUGAUGCAGAAAACUGAUGAGCCUGGCAAAUACACAGGCUAUGAGGGCAGGAAGUUCCUGCAAGUGCAGAAGCUGCUGGGGACGGAUGACUUUGUGUUUUACUGCGAAGACCGGAGCCAUGGGAGGCUGCAUCGCAUGGCAAAGAUCAUGGGUAGGAGUAGUGUCACUGCGGACCCUCGGGCCCUGGAAGAGUUCAAGAAAUUCGUGCAGCGCAAGGGGUUCCCGGAGGGGGCCAUCUUCAUGCCCACACAGACAGGCCCCUAUCUGCAGCCUCCCAUCCCAAUAGGCACCUACCCUGCAGCCCCCUACCCUGCAGCCCCCUGGCCCCCAUGGGCCCACACCUGGACAUAG